AUGAGCAAGGGCACAGAUAAUGGAGCAACAGUCAUCCAGCGAAGGAGGGAUGGUUCAGUGAAUUUCGAUCAAACCUGGGAGAAGUAUGAAAGUGGGUUUGGAGAUUUUAAAGGGGAGUUUUGGCUGGGUCUCAGGAAGAUCCGCUCUUUAGCCGCUCAGGGAAACUCUGUCCUUCACAUCCAGCUAGAAGACUGGAAACAGGGCAGGCGCUUCAUCGAAUACAGAUUUCACCUUAAUGGUCCUGAGAGCAACUACACCAUUCACCUCACGCAUCUGUCUGGAGAUUUGCCGGACCCCAUGAGCAACCACACAGGCAUGAUGUUCUCCACCAAGGACAGAGACAACGAUAAGCACCAGGACUCCAACUGUGCACACAGCUACACAGGUGGAUGGUGGUUCAACGCCUGCGGAGACACCAACCUGAAUGGGAGAUAUUUCCACAUGAGACCUAAAGGGCGCUCUGAGCGUAGGAGAGGGAUUCAAUGGAGGCUUGGCCAAAAGGCCUCUUAUUGCCUGAAGCUCACACAGAUGUCUGUACACCCUGUUGCUUCCCCCAGCACCAACUCCUCCACUUCUGCCUCCUCAGAGACAGGUGUCUUUCUGUGAUCCAGCAUUCUCCAUAGAAAAUGCUGCAUUUAUAAGUGGCCUCUAAAUGAGAGCCUUGUACAGUUCCCACGUGAGCUCACCACACUGCAAAUUAAGAAAAUACAUGCAGACAGCCACAACACAAGCAAAUUUAUAAAACAUCUUUAUAAUAUAUGCGCAGCAUUUUCAAAACAGUGCUGCAAGAUGCUCACAGCACAAUGGACACUUUUUGCAGGGGACGCUAAAAAGUGAUGCACACAGCUGGGACACAUUUGUCAUUGCAAUGGUUUGUGUUUUUGAAGCUAUUAAAAUUGGCUAUCGUCACUGUGAUCAUAUGGUCCAGAUAUUAUAAUGAGGCUAGUUAUUGGCAGAUAUCUGCAAUAAUAUCUGAGUCAUGCCAUUACAAUAUUGAAAGAAGCCAAAAAACGUAGAUUCUACUGAUGGAUGGCUGACUAAAAUAAGUUCAUAGUCCAGCAAUUGCAACAAUUGCUGCGUUUCCCACUGUGUGCCAUGAAAAAAAGGUUUUUGUUGACUUGUGCACUUCUUGCCGUGAGAUUUCUAAAUGCUGCGCAUGUGUUGUCAAGUUGGUAUAAAUGUUUCUUUAUUUGAUUUUUUUUUUAUUUGCAUGUGUUUUCUUAAUUUUCAGUGUAUUGAGCUCUGAGGGCGACUGCAGCCCUGGCAACGCCUCACGUGAGUAGCCAUGGUUUAAGGGGGCUUGUGCGGAGAGGAAGAUGUUUCCUCAGAGUGUCAAGUUCCAGUAGAUGAAGUCAAAGAGCACGCAAAAUAAGUUCCUAGUGCUGUUGUGUGCUAAACUGAGAAAGCCAAAAGAUUGUGAGCCAGGACAGCCAAUAAAGUAAUACAACACUUGUAGUGUAAAAUCUAAAAUAUACUGAAAUGCUGUUAGCAUUCAUUACAUCUUCACUCACUGUAUGUCAGAGGUCAAAGGUUAUGGACAAGAAAUUAAAUCAUACAGCCACUUGUGAGCAGGUUAUAUGUUGGGUCACAUUGACUCUCAGUAUACAGCAGUGGUUCGCAACAUAGGAGGCAGGGCCCCUUGAAGGGGUCACGAGAUGCAUCAAAGGGCCGAAAUUCAUAGAAAGAGAAACCCCUGCAACACGUGUGCUGCAGCAUGCCAGCAACAGAGCGAAUUGCUAAACACUGUUUCAACACAGCUGGUUUAUUUAUUUUUCCCUACAUGCGGCACCACGGCCCUCCAACAAGUCUAAAACUACAUAGAACUGUGUAAAAAUGAGUGCAAUCUGUUAAAUAAUCAUUAUCAAUGAAUAUGUAAUUGUUUUAGGUAUCAGUGCGACUCAGCAGAGCAGAGCAGCAGAGCACUCAGCAGCAAGUGGUUGUUUUUCAUUUCACAAUAAAAUAAACUCUCAAGUCAGUGCAUCCUGUUGUUAAAACAAUCAAUUUAACUAAUUCAGUAGCGGUUCUUACAGCAUAUGCUUCCAAAUCCUGCAUUAAAAAACAGCAUUACGUGGCAAAACUCAAUACACAGUAAAGCUGGCAGAAACCACAUGCUACAAAGAUGAUUGUGUAGCAGGUAAAAGAAAAACAACCUCGUGUUGUUGUUGGUGGGUUGUUUUCAAGCUCCAUGUAUUGCGAUUGUUAAGAGUCGAAGAGAAUAACAGGAUACAAAAAUCUAUAAAACAUAGUUAUGCUGCAAACAGAACUUUGCUAAAUUUUCUUUAAGUGGUUCAUUUUCUUGUAAAAGACUUUUCAGAUUUACCUUCUCUUUCAUCUAAUUAUCAUUCAAAUGUUACAAGGGGGGCAUCUAACAGUUAUUUGAAACUCAAUGAAUUGAAGAUUGUAAAAAAAAAAAAUUAAAAAAAUACCAUCAGUUUCCCAGAACCAAUGUGAAGUCUUCAAAUGUUUUUCUACGUCAGCCCUACAGUCCAAAUCCCCCCAGAAUCAGUUUACUCUCAUAGAAGACUACGAAAGCCUGCAGUCAUUCACCUUUGACAGGCAGGAGGUGGUGUAUUGUUGGCAUUAUUGGUUAAGAAAAUGAUUUAAAUAAAUAAUCCAUCAACAUAAUGCUGCUGAUUAGUCAAUCGACUAAUUGUGUCUAUUCGCUUCAAUGUCAUCUGUGAUGUGUGACACGACAUCCGAAGGCAUUGUUGUCGGGGUCAUAAGGCUAAAAAAUGUUUUGAACCACUGUCAUAUAAUACAAUCAUCUUUACUUUACAUACAUACAUAUUUUUGAUGCAUUUGCUGUAUUUUAAUCAUUUUAACAGAUAAAUGUAUGAUAGUGACUUCAUACAAUGCUGGUAUUCAUUCAGGUGUGGUUAUCUGCAACUGUAUAUAAAUAACUUAUUUCUUGAUGAAUCCAAAACUGACCAAGCAAAACUUCUUCAAUGUCCUGUUAGUCACUCUGGGCUGUAGAUUGAUUGUUGUCCUGACACUGAUCCGGCACACAGUGCUCUUUCUGUGUCAACAGAGAUUUGGCCCAGAG